UUAUAAUUAUUAACAUUUGAUUGUUAUCCCGUAAACAUGGUGAUUAUGCAACUUUUAUAUGUUUCUCAAGACAAUAGGACUAAAACUAUCAAUAUUGAGAACACUACAGAUUUUGAAAGAAUGACUGUCAAGGAUUUAAAGAACUUAAUCAUGAAGACUGAGUUGAGAAGGACCUACGAGUCUAAUAAAAGAAAUAAAUUAUUCAAACUGAAUUCUUCUAAGUAUUUGAGACAUACCAAUUUGGCUAUUCCCGAGGAUGAUUAUCAGAAGAAUUUAUUAAAUAUUUUGCUUUAUAAUUUCAGACUUAUUUUAUGUAACAAAGAGUUAAGAGAUUCAGACCUUGUGUCUAGGCUAAGCUUCAGACAUACCUUUCAUUUUAAGGUGAGACUUGUUGGCGGAAAAGGUGGUUUCGGAGCUACCCUGAGGAGCCAGAAGCCAAAGCAUCCCAUGACUAUGAAUUUUGACGCCUGUAGGGAUUUAUCAGGAAGAAGAAUUAGACAUGUCAGACAGCAACAAGAUCUUGAGAAUUGGCAUAAGCAAAAGGCAGAGGAGGAGAAGAAGAUAGAGGAAGAGCUUGAUGAUUUCAAAAAGCAUGAGAAAGAGAUCAAGGCUGCUAUUAAUAACAACGAUAGGGCCAAAGAAUUGAUGCAAAAGAAAUUUAAGAACCAAUUAGAAGUAUCUUCUAAUGAUAUAAUUAAUGGAGUAUUACUUGGCAAAGCUCAAAAGAAAAGAAAGUUUCAAGAGAUGGCAAUGCUUGAUGAUGCCAAAAAGAGUACCUUAGUAAAGAAAACCUUAGAAGAGCUCCAGAAAGAUGAGCAAGACAAGGAAUUUGAUUUUGAUGAUCUUAAUUUUUUGCAAAAUCAAAAGAAAAAGAAUAAAAGAUCAAAAGUAUCAGAAAAAUACGAGAAAGAAAUCCACGAAGAUAACGUGGAUGAAGAAGAAAGUCUCAUGAUCAAACCCAAGCUUAAUACAGAGGAGGAACUAGAGAAGAAUGCUAACAAAAGAGAUCAGAAAGCUGAAUCUAAGGCAAUUUAUGAGGAAGAGAAAAAUACAGAAAAAGAUAUUUCUCCUCAAGUUUCUGAGGAAGAAAAGAAGGCACUCUUAUUCGAAACUUUACAGAAAAUUUCAGACAUAGAUGCUCUUACAAAAAUGCUUACAGACGAUCAGGUGAAAGAACACUUAGGCUUGUUAGGACUUAAAUCAGGCGGUCGUCCAGAAGAAAGAAUAAAAAGACUGAUGAUGGUUAAGUCUUGUGAGGGAAAUAUAAGUAAACUCCCAAAGAAGAUGUUUGCUAAAAGAAAGAACAAGUAAUUCUUCAAUUGUUUAUCCAGAGUAAUAAUCCUAUUCGAAAGUAGAAAAUUAUGUAUA